AUGGAACAAUCUUUCAACGACGAAAACAAGCAACAAGGAACUAAAUAUAACUUUUUUUUUCAGAAGCGGCAACAAAUCGAAUCUCCAUUCUCGGCUGCUACUCCUAAAUCGCGACUGGGAAAGGAGCCAAAACGUCUGUUUAGUCUUUCGAAUGCGAAUUUGGCUGAUGCCAACUUAGAGCAAACUUGCAUUGAAUCGCGUCCGUCCUCUGCUGCUCCCACGGAUUCUUCGUUCAGCACAACUGUUGCGUCCAACCUCUCAUAUCUCGACAAUGCCGCGGAUCCAAAUUUGGAGCAAACUGAAAUAUAUGCUGCUGGAACUUCUGCAAAUUCGACCAAUUUGAGCAUGGUUCAAGAAGGGGACGAAACUGAUGCGGAUAUCACAUUGGCUAACAGUUUCAACGAGAAGGUUUUUGUUCAAAAAGGUAUCGCUUCUCCGGUUCUCCAAACAACUCCUACUGGACCUAGCGCUUCUGCCAGUAUCGUCAAGGAACCAAGGAUUCCCAUCAGCCCAAUCCCAAUGGGCGACUUAACUCCAACCGCUCCCACUGCUCUUGCAUCAUCGAGAAUCGAUCGAGGACUGGAAACUAUUGAUACGCACUCGAUUGAGUCUAUGAUGUCCCCGGUUGGACAUCUGAAAUCUCAAAUCGACUAUUCUCUCCACGAGUUCGAAAUCCUUGAGCAGAAGGUCGAACACGAAGAAGACAUUAAGAAGUUGCAAGAGAAGAUAGAAAAAAUGCGUGAGCGACACCGAGAAGAGCUGAAGCAACUCAAUGAAUCUCGAGUUUUCGAAGAACAAAUGCUGAUGCAACAAAUGGAUGCGGCUGCGAAGAAAGCCAAAUCAGAUAAGGAUGCAGCCAAGGAACGAGAAAAAGAGCUUGAGAACCUAGUCCAAGAGCUCAAGUCGAAAAUGACCGAACCCAGCGAACUAAAGCAGCAGCUGGAAGAACUCAGCGGUCGAGUUGAAUAUCUAACUGAGAAGCUUCAGCAAACUGCAACAGCAAGCGAACAUCGUACCAGAGAGUUAGAGAGUAACAACGUUGAGAUUCACUUGCAAUUGACAAACGCGAAGAGUGAAGUCGAGGAACUGAAGCAGAAGUUGAUUGAAGUAUCAGUGAGAGCUGAAGAAGAGGCUGGACGAGUAUCCAAUAAUGAGCCGUCAUCAACGGAAAUUAUUGAUGAGCUGAAAAAAGAACAUGAGGAAAUUCGUUCUAUGCUGAUGGAAGAGAUUCGUCGCCUUGAGUCUGAAAAUUCGAAUUUUCAACUCCGGAAUCCUACAGAGAAUAUCGAAAAUCAGCGAUUGCUCUCAGAAAAGUUAUCUCUUGAGCAACAACUGGAAGCGAAGAUCAAUUACAUCAAUGAAGAGCUGAAGAAAUCGGAGAUGUUCAACGCUCAUAUUCAAGAGUUGACCGCUGCUCUGGAAGUGAGUCAGACUAAUUCGGAGACGCUGAAACAGAGCUUGGAAGAGAAGGAAGCCAAGAUUCAGGCGCUUAUCGACGAAAUGUCUUCUCUCCAAAAAUCAACUGAUGGUGUUGCUCAACUGCGAAUCGAUCUGGAAUCUGCGAAUUCAAAAACUCAAGAACUGACUGAUUCUCUGAAAAAUUCUCAGGAUGUUAUCGAGGAGAACACGGAAGUGAUUCUGAAGUUGAAAAACACCGCUGAAGCAUCGCAGACCGAAGUCUCUCAGCUGACAGUUUCGUUGCAAACAGUCACAAGUCAACUGGAAGAAGCUCGUCAACGGCUCGAGUUCUCCGAAUUCAAGAUUAGUUCUCUCCAAACUGAACUCGAAGAAGUUCGUCAAGAGUGUCUUCUUGAUGGAGAAUCUGCCGAAGCGAAAAUCAAAAUACUUGAAGAAUCUGCUGAAGAUUCUCAAUCUAUUCGUAUCCAGCUAAAAGAGGCCGAAACUAGAAUCAAAGAGCUUGAGGCAGCCAAGCAAGCUCUCGAGGAAAUCGGUCAAGAUUCGGUGACAAAAAAUGACGAUAUCCGUGAUCAGUAUCAAGAAAAGUUGGAGGAGGCCGAGCGUCAGAUUCAAGAACUGCAAACCGCUUUGGAUACAGUGAAAGAAGAAACAGAUUCAGUUUCGCAAAGAGAGGAGGUUGCUCAAAAUAAAAUCAACGAACUUGAGGCAUCUAUUGAAGUUCUCGGAAAAGCUGCUGAGACGAAUGAAAUGCUCCGAUCGGAAAUUGAUUCAGCUUCAAAGAAGAUUCAAGAUCUUGAAUUACAACUAGAUUCCGCACAGAAGUCUUCGGAAUUGUCAGGAAGUGAAUUAGAGAAGAAGCUCGAAUCGUCGCAGGGAGCCAUUCAUGAGUUGAAAAGCAAUAUUGAGACCCUUCAUGCUGAACUCGAAGCAGCCAAACAGAACUCGCAUGAAUUGGAAAUUCUGAAAGAAUCGAUGAAAGCACUUCAAGAAGAGAAUGUAAUUUCACAAGAAACACUCCGCUCCCAACUCGAUGUGGCUAUCCAGGAAAAACAAACUAACCAGGACAAUGUGAAUUUGCUUGAAGUUAAAGUUCAAGAAUUAGAAGGUUCACUGAUGUCGCUAAAACAAUCUUGUGCCGAACAAGUCGAUGAAUUAACCACAGAACUCGAAGCUACUCGCCAAAAGACUGCAGAUCUCGAAUCCAAAUGUCAAGAGCUGGUUAGUGUACACGAAACCGAGAUUUCUGAAUUCGUUGCGAGAAUCGGCGCUAACGGGCAGAAAGAGUCGGAGUUGAGCUCUCUGCAAUCAAAGAUUUCUGAGCUGAAUGCCCAAUUGGAUAGUGCUCGAGAUGAGUUGGAUAAAACUCGAAUUGUCAAUGAGAAAAACGUAGAGGAGCUCAAAACGCAGUUCAACGAUUAUCAGAAAGAAACCGAUCAACAAAAACAGCAGAUGGAAGGCAUUAUGGCAGCGAUGAAUGUCAAAGAAGCAGAGGUUAUCUUAUCAGACAUUUCAAUUUUUAUUCUUGUGUUUUCAGCUCGCAGCUCAAUCUGUGCAGUACGAAGAAAGAGUUGGACAAUUGUCGUCGAUGGUCGAACAUCUCAAAAGUCUGACAGUGAAGCCAAGAUCGAAGAACUCAACGCUCGUAUCGAGGAGCUGCAGGCAGGUGUCAAUUUCGCUCAGAAGACUCUCGAAGAAGCGGAGGAGAUGAAAAAGGAAAAAGAUUGCAAGCUUCAACAGUCGCAGGAAGAGAUGGAAAAGUUGAGACAACUGGUUGAGCAAGAGAAAUUACAGAAAGCUGUGUUCCAACAAGAAAUUCAACAGAUCAACGAAAAGUUGGAUGUUGCUGAACAAGCUUUGUCGCAAAAGGAAAACUUAGUGGUCACUCUUGAGUCUCACAUCGAAACCAUUUCUCACCAAUUCGAAGAACGCCUCAAAGAAAGCAACGAACGAAUCAAGGAAAUGACUGAGUGGAAGUCCCAAGCAAUGCAAGUUGGAACAAUGGCCGAGUCAUUAUCACUUUUGCAACAACAGAUCAAAGAGUUGUCCGCUAGUCUCCAAGAGUCGAAUCGGCGUGUCAUCGAAGUGGAAGAGAAUGCUCACCAUGAUAUUACUAUCAUGCAAGACGAGAAGAACGAACAGUCGGCAGCACUGGAAGAAGCCAAAGCUCAGAUCGCUAUGCUCGAAGAUCAACUGAAAAGUGCGCGUAAAGAAAUCGAGCUCCUCGGAAAGGAAUGUGACCAGUUCGACGAUGAGGAGAAAGUAUAUAAGGAGACGAUUUCGGAGUUGCAAGCUGAAAUCAAACAACUGAAAGGAGUCAAGACACCACCGAAGGCACUGGGACUCAUUCAACAAGCCAGACUAGGUGUCAAGCCAUUGAGUCGCGAAUCCUCUCGCAUCGAACAACCGGUCAUUGAAGAAGGUUACGAGGAUGCUCAAGAUUCAUUCCAGUCACCGGCUCAGCAGAACCAUCAGAAAUCCUUCAACCAAACCACUCGUCAAACUGGAUCCCUAAGUUUUACUGCUGGAGCAACUAUGCUUCAUCCUGACGACCAAGCUGUUGGAAGGUCUGCAAUUGAAACUCCAUCGAAGAAGAAUCGGUCGAAUUGCCAGCAGCAAUAA